AUGAGGAAAUGUCGACUCGCCGAGGGAAGGUCGACUCGCCGAGGAAAGGUCGAGUCGACGAGGAAAGGUCGAGUCGCCGAGGAAAGGUCGACUCGACGAGGAAAGGUCGAGUCGACGAGGAAAGGUCGAGUCGCCGAGGAAAGGUCGACUCGACGAGGAAAGGUCGAGUCGACGAGGAAAGGUCGAGUCGACGAGGAAAGGUCGACUCGCCGAGGAAAGGUCGAGUCGACGAGGAAAGGUCGAGUCGCCGAGGAAAGGUCGACUCGCCGAGGAAAGGUCGACUCGACGAGGAAAGGUCGACUCACCGAGGAAAGGUCGACUCGCCGAGGAAAGGUCGAGUCGCCGAAAAAAGGUCGAGUCGCCGAGGAAAGGUCGAGUCGCCGAGGAAAGGUCGACUCGCCGAGGAAAGGUCGACUCACCGAGGAAAGGUCGACUCACCGAGGAAAGGUCGAGUCGCCGAGGAAAGGUCGAGUCGCCGAGGAAAGGUCGACUCGCCGAGGAAAGGUCGACUCACCGAGGAAAGGUCGACUCACCGAGGAAAGGUCGAGUCGCCGAGGAAAAGUCGAGUCGCCGAGGAAAGGUCGACUCACCGAGGAAAGGUCGACUCACCGAGGAAAGGUCGACUCGCCGAGGAAAGGUCGACUCGCCGAGGAAAGGUCGAGUCGCCGAGGAAAGGUCGAGUCGCCGAGGAAAGGUCGACUCGCCGAGGAAAGGUCGACUCGCCGAGGAAAGGUCGAGUCGCCGAGGAAAGGUCGACUCGCCGAGGAAAGGUCGAGUCGCCGAGGAAAGGUCGACUCGCCGAGGAAAGGUCGAGUCGCCGAGGAAAGGUCGAGUCGCCGAGGAAAGGUCGACUCGCCGAGGAAAGGUCGAGUCGCCGAGGAAAGGUCGAGUCGCCGAGGAAAGGUCGACUCGCCGAGGAAAGGUCGACUCGCCGAGGAAAGGUCGAGUCGCCGAGGAAAGGUCGACUCGCCGAGGAAAGGUCGAGUCGCCGAGGAAAGGUCGACUCGCCGAGGAAAGGUCGAAUCGCCGAGGAAAGGUCGAGUCGCCGAGGAAAGGUCGACUCGCCGAGGAAAGGUCGAGUCGCCGAGGAAAGGUCGACUCACCGAGGAAAGGUCGACUCACCGAGGAAAGGUCGACUCACCGAGGAAAGGUCGACUCGCCGAGGAAAGGUCGAGUCGCCGAGGAAAGGUCGAGUCGCCGAGGAAAGGUCGAGUCGCCGAGGAAAGGUCUAGUCGCCGAGGAAAGCUCGACUCGCCGAGGAAAGGUCGACUCGCCGAGGAAAGGUCGAGUCGCCGAGGAAAGGUCUAG